GGCGCGGGCGGACCUGGUGCGCAUGCUCGUCGGGGCGGGGCUAGCGUGGGCGCGCGCGGACCCGGUAGGGAGACCCGUCCUCCAGCGACCGGAGGCUGCGGUUCCCGCAAGGUCGGUGCCCUGACGGGCGCGCUGAGGCCAAGGCAGUGGGAGCGGACUGCGGGAGGCCACGCGGUCUGGCCAGCACCCCGGCCGCGUGAGUCCCGGGCCGCCCUCGGCCGGAACGUAGUGUGCGGGUUCGCGGUGCGGCGGGCGGGAGAGAGACGUUAAGCAGCGGCCGCCGAGGCGCUGGGGCAGUUUAGACUGGAAAGCAAGAAGCCUUAGGACUAGAGGGAGCCCCUGGCCCCACUGGCCUUUACUUUGCACAAGGUUUUAAUGUAUUCUGUUCAACUACUCAGCGAUUUCGAGCCCAGGGAUGACCCGAAACUCAAUUCAACGUGGCUGCUUCAGCUUCCCGAAGGCUAGGAUUACAGGCACGUGUCACCACACCCUCUCGUUGUUGUGACUCUACAGUGGGCUGAGUGCGUGCCUCUCUUUCAACAUUAAGCCCUAAACAAAAAAGAUUCUCUGACCUGCAUCGUGAUUUUGGCUUGAUGUGAAAAGAUUAAGACAGGAUGUAUUCCAGGCAGGCCUGGAACUUCCUGUGUUUUCGUGGAUGACCUUGAGCUGCUGAUCCUCGUGCACACGCUACAGCUACAGCUCGCUACAGCACAGCUGAAGUUGCAGAAAUUAUGAGUCAAUCUCAAGUUCACAUUUUUUGGGGUGCUCCAAUUGCUCCACUGAAGAUGGCGAUAUCACAGGGAACAACUUCCACUACCAACGCCUGGGAACAAAUCCAGCUUUUGUAUAAACAGCAGUCUUUACAUCUGAAGGCUGAAAACCAGGAGCUUGAAAAUCUGAAAGACUACCAAAUCCCAGAAACUGCUGCCCUUCCAAAUGUUCUUAGUGGUCACCUUUUAACAACUCAUGUGACUAGGUCUGUGCAGAUGGAAGAUGGCUUCAUCUGUUCUGCUUCUGAAACUCAGAGUAUGGAGUCCCAGAAGGCUCACCCCUCAGGCCGGAGUGAUAUACCUGAUGAGCAGAUAUGUGAGUUUAAGGACAGAAUUCAGCAUUUACCUGAAGAAGAAAAGCUUCAGUGUGACGCUAAGAAGAUUAUAGAUGAGCAGUCCAGAAGCCAGUCAGAUCCCUGUGCUGAGGACUUUCAAGCAGAUGUGUUUGCAUUAGAUCAUAAGUGCACAGCUGGAUUGGAUUUGGACUGUACUGAACAGAUUGACACAGGGCCGGGUGCUGUGAGAACAAAGCCUGUGCCAACUGAACAUGAAGGGCAGAGUCAGGAGGUCUUUUCCUCUGACACGAAGUGUGAGUCAGAGUCUGAGGGGGCAGCUGGGACGGCCUCAGGCCAGAAAAUAUCUACAGACACAGAGUUUCUCAGUAUAAUGUCUUCCAGCCAGCGUGCUCUUCUAGCUCACGGGAAUAAUACAGGGCAAGACUGUCUAAAUAAAGGGACUGUAAACAUGGAGAUGGAGCCUACAGGAUGUCCAGAAGGAAGGCAAGCUGAAGAUAAUCUUUUUAAGCCCAGAGAAGAUUCUGAAGAAGGAUCUGAAAGUGAGCAAAGCCAGGCAUAUUCCCUGGAACUUUUUAGUCCUGCUUGUCCCGAAUCAGAAAGCAGUCACGUUCACAGAAACCCUGGAAAAAGUCUUGAAGAUAAUAGAAGCUUGCAAAGUCUUUGUAGUACUGAAGAAAACCUGCCAGCAAAGGAGGUGUGCAUCGAGUUGUGUAGCUCAGGGAUGCUGCACUCUCAACUAAGUGCCUUCUGCCAGCGUGCUGCAACAAGAAGCCGGUCCUCUAAAGAUAUUUCCCACCAUUCCAAAGCUCUUUCAGAAGUCCAUCAAGUGUCCAAGAAGCCAAGGAUGGAUUCUAAUACAAGAGAGUCAGCCAAAACAGUGCCCGGCAGGAUCAUGUCUGAAUUUAAGGCCAUUAAAAAGAUAUCAUUUAUAAAAAAUUGUGACUCUAAAAGUCAGAAGUAUAAUUGCUUAGUCAUGGUGCUAACCCCAUGUCAUGUGAAGGAAAUAAGUGUAAAAUCUGGACCACAUUCUGGCUCUAAAGUACCAUUAGCAACAAUUGUAGUAAUCGAUCAAUCAGAAAUGAAGAGGAGAGUUGUUCUGUGGAGGACUGCAGCAUUUUGGGCACUUACAGUGUUUCCUGGGGACAUAAUUUUACUUACAGAUGUCACUGUUUAUGAGGAUCAAUGGGUUGGUGAGACAGUACUCCAAUCAACAUUUACCAGUCAGUUAGUAAAUCUUGGAAGUUAUUCGCAUGUCCGACCUGAAAAAUAUUCCAAUGUAGUUACCAAUGUUACACUUCAGGACUUACUGGCAUACGUGUCUUCAAAACAUUCCUAUCUCAAAGAUUUGCCUCAGAGGCAGCGUCAGAAAAUGAGCACCGUGGAGUUUGUGGAACUGGAGCAGCUGCAGCCUGAUACAUUAGUCCAUGCAGUACUCAGAGUAGUGGAUGUCACUGUAUUGACAGAGGCAUUAUAUAGUUAUAGAGGACAGAAGCAAAGGAAAGUUGUGUUAACUGUGGAGCAGAUUCAAGGUCACCAUUAUGUGCUUGUAUUGUGGGGUCCUGGAGCAGCCUGGUAUACUCAGCUUCAAAGGAAAAAGGAUUGUAUUUGGGAAUUUAAGUACCUUUUUGUUCAACGCAAUUGCAUACUAGAAAACUUAGAGUUGCACACAACACUGUGGUCAUCCUGUGAAUGCCUGUUCGAUGAUGAUACAAGAGCAAUUUCAUUUAAAGCAAAAUUUCAAGAAAGCAUUCCCUCCUUUGUCAAGACAUCAGACUUAGCAACCCACCUAAAGGAUAAGUAUUCAGGAGUGGUUCUAAUUAAAGCCAAGGUUUCAGAGCUGGUGUUUGCUGUCACAGCAGCUCAGAAGAUAGCUCUAAAUGCUCGCAGUUCCCUGAAGCAUAUCUUCUCUUCUCUUCCCAACAUCACAUAUGCCGGCUGUGCACAGUGUGGCUCGGAACUGGAGACAGAUGAGAACAGGAUCUACAGACAGUGUCUGAGCUGCUUGCCAUUUGCUAGGAAGAAAACGUUCUAUAGGCCGGCUUUAAUGACCAUAGUUGAUGGAAGACAUUGUACUUGUGUCCGAGUAGGGUCAAAGAUGAUGGAGCAGAUUCUUCUCAACAUCUCUCCAGAUUGCCUCAACAGAGUGAUAGUACCUUCCUCAGAAGUCACCUAUGGCUUGGUCGCCGCCGACUUGCUCCACUCCUUGUUGGCAGUCGGUGCAGAGCCUUGUGUGUUGAAGAUCCAGAGCCUUUUCGAGUUGGAUGAAAACAGCUACCCUUUGCAGCAGGAUUUCUUCCUACUAGACUUCUGUCCUGAUUCACGUAAGACGUGGAGCUUGGGACUUUCUCUGAGGUCAGAGGAGGACACAGACAGCAUUCCAAGGAAGGAGUGAUGAAAUCAUCUGUCUUUGGAAUAUUUAUUUUUUAUAUGUUUAUGAAUUUUGCCUGUGUAUAACUAUGUACCAUAUAUGUGCCUGGUGCCCACAGAGGCCAGGAGAGGGUGCCAGGUCCCCUGGAACCAGAGUAGA